AUGGCCACGCCGCCGCCUGCUGGCCUGCCUGCUGGCCUCGACCUCACCCCGGAGCAGGUCCGCAAGCUCCAGGAGAACCGCCUCAAGGCCAAGGCCAAGCUACAAGAGCGCGAGCGCCUCCAGCGCCAGCACGCCCUCACCCACCAGCAGCCCAACGCCCUCGGCAAGCGCCCGCUCCAGGUCCUCCCCGCCGACUCGACCUCGCCCACCGCUCCCGCCUUGCGCUACGCCGCCACGACCACCGCCCAGGGCGUCCGCGGCGCCCACAACGCCCUCCAGUCGGCCCUCACCGGCCCUGCACCCGGCCCUUCCUCGGCCCGCUCGCCCGUCAAGCACUUCCAGGGCCCCGAUGGCUCUGCCGACCUCGCGCCGCUCCCGAGCCGCAUCGGCCAGUACGUCGAGUACGACCUGUCGACCCUCAAGAACUCGCGCGGCGGCUUCUUGCUCGAGGGCGAGGAGGACGACCCCAAGCGCGCGAGGGAGCGCCAGCUCCAGGAGGAGCUCAAGUUGAAGCGGCUCGAGAACGCGAGGAAGCAGGGGCAGCUUCGUGCAGCGACGAUGGCGCUCGACCCGAAGGAGAACCCCAAGUGCAAGCACUGCGGCACGGCCGACCUCGACGACCAGCUCCUGAGCGUCUUCGGCAUCCGGUGCUGCCCAAAGUGCAAGAAGGACCGCCCCGACUCGUACUCGCUCCUCACCAAGACCGAGUGCAAGGAGGACUACCUGCUCACCGAGCCCGAGCUGCGCGACACCGAGCUCAUGCCGCACCUCUUGCGCCCGAACCCGCACCGGCCGACGUACAGCAACAUGAUGCUCUUCCUGCGGUGCCAGGUCGAGGACUACGCCUUCUCGGCGCGCAAGUGGGGCUCGCCCGAGGCGCUCGACGCCGAGUUUGAGCGCCGCGAGGCCGACAAGGCGCAGAAGAAGAACAAGAAGUUUGCCAAGAAGCUCGACGACCUGCGCAAAAAGACCAAGACGAACGUGUGGCACCGCCGCCAGGAGGCCGAGCACACGCACGAGUUUGAGGACGUCGAGGGCGAGGUCGGGACGCAGAGGUGUGUCGGCUGCGGCUUCGAGACGCAGGUCGAGGUCUUCUAGCUCGUCGUCGUCGUCGCAGCAGGAGGGGACGAGUUGCACAGCUUUCCCUUUCCUUUUCUCUCUCUCGUCGUACUCUCCCUGUCGCCUUGUUGUUGUCCAAUAAAGUCUCGUUCUCGCUC